CAAAUUUAACCCCAAAAUAAUAUUUCCCAAACUCUGCCAAUUUUUCAAUAAAUCAAUUUCUAAUAUAAUAUAGAUGGUAAAGUGACAACCCUACUACACCUGUACUUACCAGCAACCGUACCGUGUGAAAAGGGGCUUAGUUUUUACAUGAGAAAAUUCGCGCCAUAUAACCGCGGGGUUGACAGCAAGCACAUCAUUCAGUUGCGAUCCAACGUCCGACGCGAACGUAUCUCCUACAAUGUAUACGCGAGUGGUCGUGUUCUUCAUGCUUCUUAGCGUAAAUAUUACGUGCUGGGGGGAGACGGGUGCUUGCGCGAAUUGUGCUAACGGUGACCUGAGUGUCGCAGAGCUGACGGAGGCGAGGAUACAGUUCGUUAAGCAGCAGAUCUUGAAGAAGCUGCGGCUUAGUAAGAAGCCAGCGGUAGCCGUGCCGGUCAACAGUCUUCCAAUGCCGGUCGCACAGGGCCAGACGCUGAGCCACGGGACGGAUAAACCGCCCGAGUUUGAUGAUUAUUAUGGCAGGACGGAACAGAAGAUUAUUUUCCCUGUUGAAGGUGAAUGUCUAACGUCCGGUCGGUAUCCCUUCAUCUGUCUGCAGUUUGAGCUGCCUCCAGAUGUGGAACCCGAAGAAGUUACGGUUGUUGAACUGUGGUUUUAUAAGGAGCGGGAUCCCCUCGACGAAUACAACCAGACCUUCGUGAUAUCAGAAGCAGCCCACUGGGACAGCCAGCAACAGUUCAAGAAGACCAAGCCGAUCGCUAUCAAGGAGACAGACACUGGGGAAGGCUGGGUGCGGGUCGAACUCGCCUGGGCCGUGAGGGUCUGGCUCGAAGGACGGGAGAGACUGCAUACGCUACACGUGGCUUGUAGAACUUGUCAGCUUCGCCGCGCACCCCUUUCCUUCCACGAAAAGCACCGACCCUUCCUAGUACUUUAUACCAAAUACGCUGGAAAGCGACGCCGCGGGCGAGCACUAGAGUGUGGGGCAACCACUAGUGAAUGCUGCAGAGAGCCCUUGUAUGUUAGCUUCAAGGAUCUGGGAUGGGAUGACUGGAUCAUCAGACCCGCGGGAUACCAUGCGUACUUCUGUAAGGGGACUUGUAUGCCGAUCUCUGCUGUGACGAGGUCGGAUAGCUAUCAUCAUAAUAUUAUACGGAAAUACUUCUACUCAGUAUCAAAUGAACGAAAAACGGAAUUCAAGCCGUGCUGUGCGCCCACUACGUUCAGUUCCUUACAAUUACUGUAUAUGGAUUCAAAUAAUACGGUUACGCAAAAAACAUUACCAAAUAUGGUAGUAGAAACCUGUGGCUGUAUGUAAGUCUGUUCCUUCAAACACUAGGAAUUGUAAUAUUGAAUUUGUUGUCGUAUUCACUGAGAAUAAAUGGAGUAAAAAGUACGCUACGAAUCAGUUAAAUUUGAAAAGUUUCAUUAGCAGAAUUAUAAAUAAGUGUGAUUUAAAUUAUUUCGAAUUUAAUAAAAGUAAUUAUUAGUGUAAUUUUUAG